GGCUCCAGAGUAGAGUUGAUAGGGCGUUUAAUGUUAGGGGGCGUGGCUUUCAUUCCCGCUGCGCUGCCCGGUUGCUCAGGUGUAGGGGGCGGGGCUAGACGGCCUCCUGUUACUCUCCCAUAUCCCUGCAGUUAUAUGACUGCCAAGUGUCCCCACAACUGCUGCGAGACCAGCUCGUCUCCUCCACCGCAGUGAUGCAGACUACAGACCUGGGAAGCAAAGAGUCAGGAAAGAUCUGGCACAGGAAGCCUACGCCGGGGACCACUGAUGGGAUUAUAGUGAAUAUAGUCCAUGGAACUGCGGGUUCUCAGGCCAAAAUGAUGCGGUUCCUACAGGUUGCAUUUGACGGCCCUGGAGAUUGCUUCCUCGCCGGAGAUCACUUAGGAAGUGUUUAUCUCUUCAACAUGAACAGGAACAGAUUUGAUCAUGUGCAGAGAACCCAUCAGGCGUGCACCGCUCUGGCGUUUAAUCUACAUAGAAAAUCUGAAUUCCUUGUGGCUUUGGCAGAUUAUUCUGUCAAAUGUUUUGACACAGACAACAAGGAGCUGGUGAGCUGGAUGCGAGGACACGAUUCUACCAUCACGUCCAUCUCCAUACAUGGGUCGGGCAGAUACGCAGUCACCACCUCCAGCGAGACCGCUCAGCUCUGGGACUUGGAUACCUUCCAGAGAAAAAGAAAGCUGAACGUUCGCCAGUCAGUAGGGAUACAAAAGGUUUUUUUCAUUCCAUUAAGUAAUACAAUCCUGAGUUGCUUUAAAGACAAUUCCAUCUUCGCGUGGGAAAGUGAUACCCUAACCUGCAAAUACCAGCUGCCAGCUCCGGAGAGCGGACCCGUCUUUCAGUAUAAAGCCUUUGCCAUUACAAGGGAUGGGAGGAUGUUGGCAGCUGGAGGAAAAUCCAACAACCUUCAUUUGUGGUGCCUGAGCUCCAAACAGCUGUUCAGAAUCGUCCAGAUGCCCAGUACGGUGCGCAGUGUGCGCCAGCUGGAGUUCCUUCCUGAUAACUUUGAUGGGGGCUCCAGCCAGGUUCUAGGCGUCCUCAGUCAAGAUGGGAUAAUGAGAUUUAUCAAUAUUGAGACGUGUAAACUUGUGUUUGACAUUGGAAGCCAUGAUGACGGCAUAGUGACAUCAUCUGUAAGUCCCAAUGGUCGAUACAUCGCCAGCAUCAUGGAAAACGGCAGCAUAAACCUUUACAGCGUCCAAGCGUUGACCAAAGAACUCAAUAAGCCACCACCUCCACUAGUAAAGGUUGUGGAUUUAACAAAAGACAAGGAUCUUACCGCUAAUAGGUCCGGGCCAACGACCGAGAAAGUGAACGUUUCCACUGGACGCCCCUGUAGGCCUUGGAAGUCCAAGCAAGAAGUAGUGAAGACAAAAUAUCUUCAGCCCGAUGAGUGUAACACGUCUGAUAACAAAGAGAAUGAGUUACCGAGCGGGCUGAGCAAGCAGCGGCUUAGAGCUAUCCUGAAGGGGUUCGGAGAAUAUCCAGCAAAAUACAGAAUGUUCAUCUGGCGUUCUCUGCUCCAGCUACCGGAGAACUAUGCGGCCUUCAGCAGCCUCACCGACAAGGGCACACACCCCCAGUACAUCCUGCUUCACCAGGAAUACCCCAUCAAGAGCACAAAGCUUCUCAGAGUCUUACAGAGGACUCUCUCUACAUUGGCCCAUUGGUCUACGAUAUUUGGAGAAACAAAGUACCUGCCCCUCUUGGCAUUUCCAUUUGUAAAACUUUUUCAGAACAACCAGCUCAUCUGCUUUGAAGUUGUGGCCACAGUGAUAACCAAUUGGUGUCAGCAUUGGUUUGAAUAUUUUCCGAAUCCUCCAAUCAAUAUUCUUGGCAUGGUUGAAAAUGUGUUGGCGCAUCAUGACAAGGAGCUUCUCCAGCACUUUGUGAAGUAUGACAUCACAUCACAGGUUUACGCGUGGCCUCUGCUGGAGACUCUAUUCUCCGAGGUGCUGACAAGAGAAGAAUGGCUGAAGCUCUUUGACAAUGUAUUUUCCAAUCACCCGUCCUUCCUGCUGAUGGCGGUGGUGGCGUAUAUCCUCUGCUCACGCUCCCCAUUACUGCACUGCAGCCAGAGAGAAGACGUUGAGUAUUUUUUCCAUCACCGGAAUAACCUGGACAUCACUGCAAUGAUUAAAGAGGCGUACCAUGUUAUGGACGCCACGCCGGCCGAAAUUCACCCACAAAACCUUUUAAAUGACUUUGUGCCCCUCACUAAGGGGCAGUAUCCCAUAUUCAACAAGUACCCCAAAUUUAUUGUGGAUUACCAGAGCCAAGAGAGGGAGCGGAUCCGGCAGGAGGAGCUGGAGUACUUACGGGAGAGACAAAUGUCCCAUGAAAUGGAGGCCGAGGCUUUGAGACGUCGCGCCGAUGAUGAAGCCUGGUACCAGCAACAAGAGCUUCUCCGAGGAGCAGAACAGCAGAGGCGUCAGCUUCUUAUCGAGGAGGAACAAAGGCUCCUGCAGCAAAGGCAAAGGCUGGCAGCUGUAAAGCGAGAACUGAAACUGAAGGAACUUCAGCUCCUAGAGGCAGCGAGGAGACGUUUCAUGAAAUACCAGCAGGAUCAGAGGAAAAUCGAACUAAGACGCCUGGACGAUGAGAUCGAACGGAAGAUGUGUAUACGGGAAAGGGAGACAGCCACUGUGGUCCAAGAUGUGGAGAUCCGGCAGAUGGAGCUGGAGGCUCAGAGACGCUUCUAUGAACAGCAAUUGGCUAAAGAGCUGGAGGCCGAGAGGCAAGAAGUGAAAGGAGAACACGAUGCAAACAGGAAGAAGGCCGACCUGGAAGAACAGAUGUUCUGGAGGCUGAUGGAAACGGAGGCUGAUCUCAAAGACAAACAGUUGCUGGAAGAGAGUUUGGCCAAAGCCGACCGGUUAUGUUCAGAGACUGAGUGGAAGCUCCAGGCUCUUCAGAAACAGAAGCAGGAUGACGUGCAUCGUGGGAAACAUUAUGAAGACGUGGCCAAGUUAGCGGAGAGCAUCAAGGAGCAGGAGAAGCAGUUGUGCGAUGUCCUAAAGGAACUGGAGGAGAGAAAGUGGGCAGAAGUAUCGAGCAGACGGUCACAGCUGGAAACUGAGCAGCUCUCACAAUCCGCAUUAGAUGCAGAAAGGAGGAAGUUUUUACAUAAAGGCCUAGUGCAAGAGGUGCAGCCAGAGGACGUCCUGCCGGAGACCGAGAGUGAAUAUUCUGACCGCCUUCGUGACGUGAAUCUACAUUCCCCGGAGGGUGAGAAAGAAGCUCAGAACAAACCACAAAACCUUUGCUUAAAUGACGUCUCUUCUUCCAGCUCAUCCACACAUUUUUCUCUGGAUCGAGGAAGAGAGACCUUGGAGAGUAAGGAACGUGCCCUAAUGUCAGAAGUGCGAGAGCUCAGACAUAAACUGGCCUCACAGGCCCGGAGGAAACACCCCACGUCAUGUUACCCGAGCACACAGUGGACAUGACUUCUGCUUCAGUCAGAUAGCUAUUUUAUUUAUCAGAAAUAUAUUUAUUUUCAGUCCUGAUUUUCCUACCUUGUUUUGUACAGUUGAAUCAUUUCCCAAUGUAUAUGAUCAUUAAACACAUUUUAUUACUGAAGAGAUUGUUCAUUUAUA